GUAUAAACAUUCUUCAGCAAGCACCUCUUGUUAGCUGUUCUUACUUGUAGAAAAAAAGGCAAAGGACAUGGAGCCUCUGUUGAGGUGGACUGAUGAAGAGACCCAGGCGCUUCUCUCAGUGUGGUCGGAGGAAAAAAUACAGCGCAGCCUGGAAGAGUCCUUAAGAAAUGAGAAAGUGUAUAGGGAAGUGUCAGGUAGGCUGGCAGCCAUGGGGAUGAGUCGCUCUGCGAAGCAGUGCAGGGAGAAGAUGAAGAAGCUUAAAGUCGAGUUCAAGAGAGCAGAACAACACAGUGAGGUAUUUGGGUCCGACAUAAAGACCUUCAAGUGGUUUGACCUAAUGGAAAGUACCAUGAAUGAAAGGCCAGCUUCAAGAGACAACCCAAAACAGAAAAUACAGGUGAUACCUGAAAACAGCAAUUCGGACGUGGAAACAGAUUCGUUCUUGUGCCAUUGGACAAAUAAAGAGGUCCAAACGUUGUUAACACUUUGGGCAGAACCUGCUGUUCAAGAAGAGCUUCUCCUCAACAUGAGGAAUAAGGAAGUUUACGCCGGCCUCAGUGCUAAACUGGCAUCGCUUGGAUUCAUCAAGGGGCCUGAGAGGUGCCGGGAGAAAAUCAAAAAACUGAAGCAGGAGUACAAGAGAAUGCAAACCGGUCAACACAAACUUGGAGGCAACAGCUCUUGUAAAAGUGUGUGGUUUGCCAUCAUCGAUGAUGUCCUCCAUCCCACAAGACGCUCACGAACCACAGAGGCCUCGUCCACAGAGCACUCACAGUCCGUCCUGGAUGUGGACGCUGACAAUGAAACCCGGUGGCUCCCUGAUGAACUCCAAGUGCUGGUGACCCUCUGGGCACAACCAAACAUUCAGACACAGCUUCUCACCGCCACCACAAACAGCCAAGUCUUUAUAUGCCUCAGCAGUGAACUCGCAUUGGUCGGGUUUAACAAGACGCCACAUCAGUGCAGUGUUAAAGUGGAUGAACUCAAAGAGGAAUACAGGAAAAUCAAGAAAGUGGAACCAUACGGGGAUGGCAGAAACGACUGGUUUGCUAUCUUGGAUAGUGUGCUUGGUGGAGAGACUUCUACGGAGGUGGAUUCUUCUGCUGCACUGACAAAACCUAAAUCACCAGAAGACCAGCAAGUGACUGACGCGUCACCGGCUGUUUGGACAUCAGAUGAAAUCAGACUGUUGCUAACCCUUUGGGCAAAGGACUGCAUCCAAAAGCAGCUUCGAUCAGCUCACAGAAACGAAAGAGUGUUCGCUCAGCUGAGCUCUGAGCUCGCCAACCAGGGCUUCGAGAAGACCUCCAGGCAAUGCAGGACAAAAAUAAAAGUGCUGAAACAACAGUACAGAGCCAUUAAGGAACAGAAAGACUCCAAAAAGCAGAAAAGCUGGUGGUUUGCCAUUCUGGAUAAAGUCCUUAAUCAUAAACCAGAGGAUGAAGACGCGGACUCAGCCCCCGCAUUUCUGCAGACAUCACAGCAGGACCAGUCUGAAAGUGAGGAGGAUUUAGGUUGCCGCUUGUCCGUCUCCUCGUUGUGUCUCCUGGUUCCAACCCUGCGUCUGAUGUGUGCCUUUGCCUGGCGGGUGGUCCAGUGUUGUGAGGUGCGACACUACGGAAAGGUGGAGGAGCUGGUGAGGUUGGGGACAGAACUGGCUCCAGAGUUGCUGACGCCCACAGAGAAAGUGCAACUCCUGCUCAGACUAAGGGCAAGGAUGGUGCUGGAACUGUGUCGCAGUGAGAGCACAGCCCACCUGCUGAGCAUCCAGCCUCACCUGGAGGUUAUUCAAAACCUCACAGUGGGCUCCACCUGUGAUCAGCAGGAAUUGGAGGAGUUGGAAAAUUCAAAGUCAAACUUUGUGGAGGUUGUUCAUGUCCUGCUCGAAGACACGGAGGAGAGAGAGUUGUUUUUCAAAGAGGUGUUUCCCAUCCACUAUGGCAAGCAGUACGAGGCCACAUUGCACACAUUAGUAUGGAAAUUCAUCUCUAGACUGGAUAAUCUUUUGCCUGUACCAGAUAUUAAACAGACCGCAGAGUGGCUCAGCACUGCCCCCUCUGUCAUGGAAGAAUGUGGACGGCUCGUUUUGGAGCCAGAGCAGCUGAAGGUGCUACUGCACUUCCACCAGCAACAGUCAGCAGGCACAGACACACGACACUCUCAAACUCAGAAUAUGUUUUUACCGAGACUGUCUCUUCCUCACAAUCCAAUCUCGAAGCAGCUCGCUUCAGAGCAACAGGAAUUGUCUACAGGUGACGCAGAUGAAGAACGGUUUGAUUAUAGCGAGGAUGAAGAGGCCGAGGAAAAACAAACUUGGGAAAAAUCAGCUUUGCAGGACUGUAUCAAAGACGACGAAGACCUGAAGUUGAACGAAAAACGAAACAAUGACCUGACAGCGGCAAACUGCUCAGAUUUAAACACUCGUACGCCUUUAAAACUGCAGACCUGCUCUUUGUGUCCUUACUCCGACAGCCAAGCGUCAGCUCUUCUGCUGCACAUCAGACAGGCACAUCGAAUUCAGGAGCCAAACCGACUUCAGUCUGAAGAACCCAGGACACCAAACAUCCUUCAGAAAGUCAACACUGAAACACGGACUCCCGAUAUGAGGAGCUUAACAAACACUUGUGAGUAUUGUGCGAAGAUCUUUAAGGAUAUAUCAACCCUGAACAAACACAGAAAAACACACACGCUGCCAUUCCAAUGCGACAAGUGUGGGAAAAAGUACUCCUCCAAGGCGACCCUGGAUAUACACCGUCGUAUUCACACGGGCGAGACACCACAUUUGUGUUCACACUGUGGUCGCGGAUUCAGAUCUUCAUAUACCCUCCGUUGUCACGUUCGCAUACACACAGGAGACCGGCGCUAUAAAUGUCCCAUUUGUGGGAAGACUUCAAUCCAGCACCUGGUGAGACACAUGCGAAUGCACAGAGGGGAAAAGAACUAUCUGUGUACAGAAUGCGGGAAGGCGUUUCUCUCGUCCGGGGAGUUAAAGCUUCACAUGAGGCAUCACACGGGCGAGCGUCCGUACACGUGCAUACACUGUGGGAAAGGUUUCAUAGCAAAGUGCCAUUUGACGGUUCACAUGCGCAAACAUACUGGAGAGACUCCUUACAGGUGUUUACUGUGCCCGAAAUCCUUUCAGACGUUGAGGGCUCAGAAAAAGCACAUGACGAUCCACUCGAACAAGAAGUCUUUCCAGUGUUUGAAGUGUGGUAAAAUAUUCAGGCAAGAAGACACUUUUAAAAUGCACGCUGAAACACACAAUUGAAAGAAGUAGCUGGUGUUUAAUGUAAGAAGCUUAAAAUAAUCAUAUGUCGUGAUUUAAACACAGCAACUUGCAGGUUGAUGCAGCACUCUGCUUUAAAAGAUUACCAUCUGAUCUGCAAGCAUGUAUUGACCCAGAUUUAUUAUCGUUUUGUCUUUUUCAUUAUUGCAUUAUUCAUUAUUCAUUAUUUUUCAUUUCAGUAUUUGUCAAUACGAACACACUUUGUGAAGGCAACUGACUUACAGUUAUGAAGACAUCUCAGACUCAUUAAACAUAUUCACCCAUUCCUACUCAUGCUUGUGUUCACAAAUUUUACCAA